CAUUAUUUGAUAUCUAAUACACAAAUUGGUAAUCAUUUAUUAAUUCCCGGCGACAUUAUGCUUCUUGCUCACUCAGCCUUCAGUCAGCCUUCUAGAAUUUAGUAUAAUUGGUAGCCCAUGCCCCAUAAUUUUGUCAAUGAUUUGGACCCGACCUCGGGGUAUCGGAACUUUUUAUAACUUAUCACUCACUUCGUCCAUUGGAUCACACAAUUAAUCAACAUUCAAACUUCAUCAUACUCUAGCAAUCAUAAUUACAGCAUUAAUAAUACCUUGAUUUUAUUAAUCCUCUACUCUUGAUGAGAAUUACUGUCUUCUGAAUCAGAUUUCACAUCCAAAAUGCCGGACCUCAAUGCAACCUCAUCUUCUACUCGUCCUCAACAAUGGAGCCAUACCCCUCAUGAAUCAUCGGACGAAGUCCCCUCUCUCCCACCCUUCUAUUCACCGCGCCCAAUACCAGUCUCCCGCCCAAUAUCAGAACUCGAUUUAAAUCAACUCGAUGUAUCUAAUCUCUCUCUCACUCAUCGUGAUGAUACGUCCUCGCAGCUUUCCGAUCACAAUGAAUCAUUACCCGAUCUCGUCUCCCCAGCCUUUACACCCCCUUCCACACCCGGCACAUCCACACCUUCAUCUCUCGCACAUCGUCCUGCAAGAUCAGUACCUGUAGACUCGAGUACACCAGCUGGAGGGUGUGGUUCAAAAAAACCAAAACUGUUAGAGAAACUACCAGAGGUUAAUUGUGUAGUUCGCGCACGAAUCCCUACAACUACUGGAACUGAAAUGUUCCUGCACCUAUACCAAAACGAUGAGGACAACAAAGAGCAUUUAGCCAUAGUAUUCGGAAACAAAAUACGAAGUCAAAGCUUGGAUGCCGUACGAGAAGGAGAAACAGAAAUGGACAGGCUGAUACGUGGGGCAUACACGGGAAGAUUAUUUCCAGGUCGCACUACAAGUAGCAUGCCUCCUUCGGCGACGGAUCGAGAAAAGCAAGAAGACAAGUCCGAGGCACCACUGGUUAGAAUUCAUUCGGAGUGUUACACGGGAGAGACUGUGUGGUCUGCAAGAUGCGAUUGCGGUGAGCAAUUGGAUGAAGCUGCAAGAUUAAUGUCUUUACCCGAUUCGUCCGGGAAAGCCGCGGGAGGGAUUAUAAUCUAUUUGCGACAAGAGGGAAGAGGUAUUGGCUUGGGAGAGAAACUGAAGGCAUACAAUUUACAGGAUUUGGGAUCUGAUACUGUAGAAGCAAAUUUACUUCUGAGACAUCCGGCAGAUGCUCGCAGUUAUGGAUUGGCUACUGCUAUGUUGAAAGAUUUAGGAGUUGAGGAAAUCAAACUUUUGACGAACAAUCCGGAUAAGAUACGAGCAGUCGAGGGGCCAAAUAGAGAAGUGGUGGUAAAAGAGAGAGUCGCCAUGGUUCCUUUGGCAUGGAGUGGAAAGACUGGUGGAAUUCGCAGUCAAGAGGUUGGUGGGUAUCUAAAAACUAAGAUUGAGAAGAUGGGACACAUGCUUCAGAUGAACGAAGCAUCAUGAUAAAUCAAUUUUGAGACAUCAUUACCGUCUUCCAACGAAAUGGCGAAACAAUAAAAAUCACCUCCCCUCGAGCGGCAUGAGAUUUCGAUUUGUAAUGGGCUUUGGGGUACGCAUUGAGCUGAACAUCACGGCGGUGUAAAUUGGCGUUUAUUGGUAAUCAACUUGGGAUACAUGGAACGCAUCAUGCACUGAAAAGUCUGAAUCAUUUUAUUUAUAUGUCAUAUGUAUUUUAUCUCUUUCAAGGACUGGAUAUGAAGACAUUGGAUCAAAUAUAGAAAGGAUUUUAAGUUCAGA